CUUCACAAAUAUCAUGCUGAAUAAAAAAUUCUAACAAGUCGAUUACGUAUUUACCACAUCGUUAACAACAGGCUUGAGACGCCCAUGCCGCGUUCGGACGUCGGACGGAGGUCGCGGACGAUCCGAUGAACUCGUCGGCCGACAAUCGGUCGUCGUCGUCGUCGCCUUUGCCCGAGUGGAGCGGCGGCGGCGGCGACGGUGACUCGUACGCGCGCAACGAGACGACCGGGGCGAUGUUCUGUCCGUUGUUCGAGAGCACGGACGCGGACGAAUACAACCUGCUGUUCGAGUUCGUCACCUACGGCGUGCUGCUGAACGUGAUCGGCGUGUUCGGCAUACUGGGCAACGUCAUAUCCAUGGUGAUCCUGUCCCGGCCGCAGAUGAAGUCGUCCAUCAACUACCUGCUGAUCGGGCUGGCCCGGUGCGACACCGUGCUGAUCGUCACUUCCAUGCUGCUGUUCGGGCUGCCCGUCGUCUAUCCGGCCACCGGGCACCUGUUCAACUACUACUUCAAGGUGUACCCGCUGAUCGCGCCCGUCGUCUACCCCAUAGCGAUGAUCUCGCAGACCGUGUCCGUGUACCUGACGCUCACCGUCACCCUGGAACGGUUCGUGGCCGUCUGCCACCCGCUCCGCGCCCGGUCCCUGUGCACGUACGGCCGGGCCCGGGCCUACGUGGUGGCCACCAUAGCGUUCGCCGUCCUCUACAACGUCACCCGGUUCAUGGAGGUGACCGUGCAGAAGUGCAUGCACACCAGUUCCAACCAGUACGUGUACCAGGUAUACCCCAGCGAGCUGCGCAACGACCGCGACUACAUAUCCAUUUACAUACACUGGAUGUAUCUGCUCAUCAUGUACUUCAUACCGUUCGGAUCGCUGGCCGUGCUCAACGCCGCCAUAUACCGCCAGGUGAGGAGAGCAAACCGAGAGCGGCAGCGGCUGUCGCGGCUACAGAAGAAGGAGAUUGGGCUCGCCACCAUGCUGCUGUGCGUGGUGGUCGUUUUUCUGUUGUGCAACGUGUGGGCGCUCAUAUCGAACGUGGUGGAGGCGUUCUACGGCAUCACCGUCGAUCACCUGGUCAAAGUCAGCAACCUGCUGGUGACGAUCAACUCGUCCGUCAACUUCGUCAUCUACGUGAUAUUCGGCGAGAAGUUCAAGCGGCUGUUCUUCAAGUUGUUCUUCCCGAGGGGCGUGUGGAUGUGCGGCUGGCACUUCCCCACCGACGGCCGGGGAGGCCCAGUGGGCGGCAUCGUCUGCGGCGGCGGUGGCCACGGGGCGAUGGACGACAGCGAGGCCACGUGCAACGGGGCCACGGCGUUCGAGUGCAGACAGUUGAACACCGGCACGGGCGGUUCCAUGUCGAUGUCGUCCACCGACCACUUCAGGCGGUCUCACCGAGGACGCCACCAUCACCACCACCAUCACCACCAUCAUCACCAUCACCGGAACGGUGACCGCGUGGACCGCCAGCGCGGAACGACGGCCAACAGCGGCGGCGGAUUUGGUAACCGCGACAACUACACGUCUGAGGACAGGGAGCUAUCCUUAAAGACGCCUACCAACAGCGGCAUGAUGUGGGAACACUCGACCACUACCACUACGACCACCGUAAACGUACAUCAAAUCUGAGCGUUGACAGCGUUUGUCUAUGUCCUAGUCCAUAGAUUCCCCAACAAUGUGUGUGUUUAAAGCAGACAAUUUGGUCGAAUAGUAUGAUGAGAUGAGACCUGGGAUGUUCAACAUAAUAAUAUUUCAUGUUCGAUACAGACAGAUUUUAAUACAGUCCAAUAUAUAACAUAAAACGGAUUUAAUACGUUUGAAAAUAAUUUAUAGGAGGAAAAUAAACGAAAAGAAAUUUAGCUAUAAAAUAUACUGUUUAAUAUGUUUUCGGUUGUGCUAUCACAACGAUAGUUGAUAACACAAAACAUGAGUGACGGGUAAUUUGAUUUAUUUCAAGUGAAUCGGUAUUUUUUUUCCCAAAAUUUCGUUGCUCGUUAAACGUCAUCUAUUUAAUUAUGGAAAAUUAAAAUCAUUAUACACCUGAACCGUUGGGAUGAUCGCUGGUCUUUGUGAUUACACGAUAUAGUUAGACGACUAGAUGACGGGCAUUACUUAUAUACACAUUACUGAGGCUGGGCAAGUGUUAACAAUUUUUAUUUUUUUGUUUUUAACUUUUUUAGU